AGUGGGCUUCUGGAGAAAAAAAAAAAAAAAAACAAUAAACAUUUUUCUGCCUGCCUUGGACUAAAAUCCAGUCUAAGAUGUCUGGAGGAGCUCAGCUGGAGAAUGCUAACCCUGUGAUCUUCCAGCGCUCCGUGGAGAGGCUGCUGACUGCCUCCGAGGAGGACGAAGACGUUCACGACCCAAUCGACGACCGAGAAAUAUUCGAUCUAAUCCGGUCCAUCAACGACCCUGAGCACCCUCUGUCCCUGGAGGAGCUCAAUGUGGUGGAAGAAAUCAGAGUCAAGGUUAAUGAUGCAGAGAGUACCGUGAGUAUCGAAUUUACCCCCACCAUACCUCACUGCAGCAUGGCAACCCUCAUUGGACUGUCAAUCAAAGUCAAGCUGCUGCGCUCCCUGCCCGACAGGUUCAAAAUCGAUGUUCGCAUCACUCCUGGGACUCAUGCCUCAGAGGACGCAGUGAACAAACAGCUGGCAGACAAGGAGAGAGUGGCAGCAGCUCUGGAGAACUCUUCUCUACUGGAGGUGGUCAACCAGUGCCUGUCGACCAGGAACUCCUGAACAUCCCUUCAUGUCUUAUUAUUGUCCAGCUUUUUUUUUUUUUAGCUGGAAAACUGAACAACAGGACUUUUUCAAUCUGCCUUUAAUAACUGAGAUAUGGCUGUCGUCUCUGUCCUCCACAGCUGCAGAAUGUUGUAUUUGAAACGCACCGAAACCCUGAAGAGUUUUAAAAAGCUAACCAUAAACUGAAUGUCAACUUGAAUUAUUUUAUUCCAAAUUUGCUUUGGGAUAUCUGUUUCAUUUUAAAACAAAUGAAGACAAAAURUCUGCAGAGUUAGCUGCAUCAAAUGUAAGUUAUAUGAAGUUUUAAUGAGAUUGUAUACUGAUUUUUCUGGCAACAGUUUUUCAUUAAUUUGAUACAAAGCUUUGGGUAAUUGAGGCUUAUUUAAAUGUUUACACAUAGAGGUGGACUAGUUUAACAUUUCAUUUUAAUAUUUAUCUCAUUUAACUGAGCAGCCAUAAGAAACCAGUGUUUUUUAUUUUUGUAUGCUUCAAGCUGGUUCUGUGUCUGUGUUCUAUAUAUACAGUAAAUAAAAGUUGUCUUUUAAUCAGAUGUA